UCUUGCUUCAGUACUCUUCUAAAUGUUUGCGUCGCUAAAAGCCUUUUCUAACAGUCUGGACCAUCAGAGAAGCGCCUGUUUUUGUUUUUGUUUUGUUUUUUUCUGCUCUAUCUGUGUCCCCUGGGGGUCUCCUGCACUCAGUAAGACAAGACACACAUAUCAUCUGGGAGUCAUUGGCCGGAGAGGACCAUGCUGACUCUGCAGAGCUCUGCUGUCCUGCUGCUUUUGAGCUUCCUGAUUGGUCUGAGCUGCUCUUUAAGCCCGAGAGACCCCAACGUGUGCAGCCUGUGGGAGAGCUUCACCACCUCAGUGAAGGAGUCCUACUUCCAUCCUUACGACCAAGUGAGAGAGGAACCCUGCUCGGACCCUCGGACCUCCUACAGAUGCAUGCGCCACAGGAUUACCUACAAGACAGCGUACAGGCAGGCAGUGAAGACAAACUACCGUAAGAGAUACCAGUGCUGUCCAGGCUACUAUGAAAGCAGAGACAAGUGUGUCCCUCGCUGCACCAAAGAGUGUGUCCACGGUCGCUGUGUGGCUCCAGACCGAUGCCAGUGCGAGGGCAGUUGGCGAGGAGACGACUGUUCCAGCGCCUGUGAUGACAAACACUGGGGCCUGGGCUGCAGUCAACAGUGCAAAUGUGAAAAUGGAGCCCUGUGCGACCCCGUAAAGGGCUCCUGUCAGUGUCCUCCUGGUUACAUCGGACGCUACUGCGAAGAAUCAUGUCCAGCAGGAACCUUCGGAAAGGGCUGUCUGCAGAGGUGCAAGUGUGGGACGGGAGGAUCCUGUGAUAAAGCAACAGGAGAAUGCAUAUGCAGAGAUGGAUUCACUGGGACUUUCUGUGAGAAGGCGUGCCCUAGGAGUCGAUGCCCAGCCCGAUGCCCCUGCCAGAACGGAGGCAUCUGUAAGGGGAAGGGGAUCUGUGACUGCCCCCCUGGAUGGACGGGCGCAGUCUGCACCGAGCGCUGUCCUGAGGGAAGAUAUGGAUCGAACUGUGCAGAGGAGUGUGUCUGCUACAACAGAGGCCAGUGCAACCCUGAAACUGGGCAAUGCAAGUGUGCUAAAGGUUUCACUGGAAACAGGUGUAAUGAGGAGUGCAGUGUGGGCACCUAUGGUCAGGACUGUAAAGGUGUGUGUGACUGUGCGAAUGGCGCUCGCUGCUACAACAUUGACGGAGGCUGCCUUUGUGAACCGGGCUUCAGCGGUCCACACUGCAGAGACAGGAUGUGUCCACAUGGGAAGUAUGGCAUGCACUGUGAACGCUCAUGCCUCUGUCAGGACAAACACACACUGAGCUGUCACCCAAUGAAAGGCGAGUGCACAUGUCAGCCAGGAUGGGCAGGUCUGUACUGUAAUGAGACCUGUGCUCAUGGCUUCUACGGUCAGGGCUGUCUGGAGCCGUGUCUGUGUGUGAACGGAGGGGUGUGUGACAGCGCUACAGGCCAGUGUCAGUGUGCCCCCGGAUAUAAGGGGAUACACUGUGAGGAUCAGUGUAAAAGUGGCACCUACGGUAAAAACUGUACUCUGGAGUGCUCCUGUGAGAACUCUGUCGACUGUUCACCCAUUGAUGGGACCUGCUUUUGCAAAGAGGGCUGGCGAGGACAGACCUGUUCCACCCCCUGCUCUGAGGGAACCUGGGGCCCAGGAUGCAACGCCACCUGCCACUGCUCCAACGGCGCAAAAUGUAACCCAGUGGAUGGAUCCUGCACCUGCACCGCCGGCUGGCAGGGGCCGCACUGCAAUCAGCCAUGUCCAAUGGGUGCGUUUGGGCCAGGCUGCCUGAAGAGGUGUGAUUGUGUUCAUGCUGACGGAUGCCAAGCGACCACCGGGGAGUGCCACUGCUUGCCAGGCUGGUCGGGUCACCGUUGCAGUGAGCCAUGUUCAGAGGGUCUCUGGGGGCGUCACUGUAACCAGACCUGUUUCAAACAUUGCCCUAACAGCGACACAUGUGUGCGGGAAACCGGUGCUUGUGUGUGUCGUCCAGGAUACUGGGGAACCAGCUGUCAGAACAAAUGCAGAGUUGGUAUGUAUGGAGAGCAGUGCAGAAUGUCCUGCCCGUCCUGUGGUGCGUCGUACCGCUGCCAUCACAUUACCGGGGAGUGUGACUGCCUUCCUGGAUACAUCGGCCACAACUGCGAUCAAGUUUGUCCAGAUGGAUACUAUGGCAAACACUGUUCUGAAGUGUGUGUUAACUGUGCCAACAACUCCACAUGUGACCAUCGCGACGGUCACUGUGAAUGUUUGCCGGGCUGGACCGCUACUGACUGCUCCAUACCCUGUACUCCUGGACGUUUCGGUUCGUUCUGCACUCAGACCUGCUCCUGUCCGACCAACUUCAUCUGUGACAGAUUCACUGGGGAAUGUGUGUGUAAAAGUGGAGAUGACUGUAAACAAGAGUCUUCAGAGCAGUCGGGCAGCGUCAUGGUGCCUCUUCCCCCUGGUGAGAGGGAGUCGUGGGGGGCCAUAGGGGGCAUCGUGGUGCUUGUCAUCCUGGUGGUCCUGCUGCUGGCCCUUCUGCUGCUGUACCGCCGCAGACAGAAGGAAAAGCAGAACAACACGCCGACCGUGUCCUUCUCCACCACUCGCACCGUCAACUCAGAAUACGCUGUUCCAGAAGUUCCUCACAGUUACCACCAUUACUACUCCAACCCCAGUUACCACACCCUGAGCCAAAACCGGCCUCCGCUGCCCCACCUGCCCAACAACCACGACCGCACCAUCAAGAACACCAAUAACCAGCUGUUCUGCAGUGUCAAAAACACAGAGAGGGAGAGGAGGGGUCUGUUUGGGGUUGAGAGCAACGCCACUCUACCUGCAGACUGGAAACACCACGAGCCUCGUAAAGACUCAGGAGCUUUUGGAAUCGAUCGCAGCUACAGUUACAGCGCCAGCCUUGGAAAAUAUUACAGCAAAGAGCUGAAGGACACGGUGGCGGUGAGCAGCAGUUCUCUGAACAGUGAGAACCCCUACGCCACCAUCAAAGACCUGCCCGGCCUGCCCUACUGUCCUCCAGAGAGCAGCUACAUGGAGAUGAAGGCGGCCGUGCCCCGAGAGCGAGCAUACACCGAGAUCAGCCCCCCGCCGCCGUUCAGCACGGCCACCCUGCGCAGAGAGCGUCAGAGUUCCCUGGGCCACUCUCCACAUGAUGACCCUCAGAACCACUACGACCUCCCCGUGAACAGCCACAUCCCGGGUCACUACGACCUACCGCCAUUGCGACGCCCCCCUUCACCCUCCCCCUCGCCCCGGAGAACGCCACAGUGAGCUGCAUCACAGUGAACACACCUCUCUGACAAUCACACCCCCCUCCCAGCCCACCACCACCCACAGACCAGACCUGAGUGGGCUUUAUAACCCACUGAGGAUCCUCAGCUGAGCGUGGACGCCCUGCUCUAAACUCCACAGCGCCCCCGUGUGGGCCUGAGUGGUACUAUGCCUCACCGUGACAGACUUGGCAUCCAGACUACGGAGCCAGCAGUGAUGUGGACGAAGCUGGACUGUGACGACAGCAGUGGGGCUUUUGCUGCAUUCAAUUCCCCGUAGGAAAAUAUAAACAUCAAGACUUCCCACAUAAAGACAGCAACCUGAGAUUGUUGAACUUUUGAGUUUUCUUCUCUUCUCCCCUGCUAUUGAUCAGCUGAGCCCUGUUUGAUCAUAUCUGACAUUUCUUUCAACCAUUUUUUUAAGUUUUAUCGCAGUUUCACGGUCAAUAUAGCAUCUAGAAAUCCAACAGUUUUAAAGGCAGCUUUGAAUGUACUCCUGUAAAUGCAACAAUGCUGGAUCUGCUCAUAGAUUAAGACUUUUUCAAACACAAACAGGUGAAAAACCAAGUCACGUCCUUCAAGGUCAAGUUCAUUUCUAUAGCACAUCUACGACAACGCAAAAUGUCCGAAGUGCUACAAUACAGCACGUGUUCUGUUACCGAACUAUUCAUUUCCAUAGUUUUUAAUGACAUAUACUCAGCUGGUGUUUCUUUAUCACUGGCAUUCAAGAUAUCAUGAGUUUGGAGGAAAAUGUUAAGAUGUUUUACAAAAAUCGUAGAGUAUGUUUACAAUCACAGAACUUCCAAUGAGUGGCAUUUAGGGACACCAAUACGCAUGUGUCUCAUAUUGCUGUUUGUAAAUACAGAAGAUAUAAAUAUUGUAAGAAUCACAUUCAUGUAAAGCAGCCCUACUUUCAGAUGAACAUGUUAUAAAAAGGGCUUUUAUGUUAAUUUUUUUGUAACAAAGGUCAUGAAGAUGCCAAAAAGUUUCAGUGUUUAGAGCAAAUAUUGCACAUGUGAACAUUUUUCAACCGGGGGAUUGUAAGUCAAAUAAAAGCAACGAUAUGAAUGUUAGUAGAAUUUUAAAGGGUCAUUUCAGCCAAAUUUAAUCAGACGAUAAAUGUGUGUGUUAUGAUCACAGCGUUCAUUACAUUCAUGACACACAGGGAUGAACAUGUAUAAUCACGGAAAAAAUUAUUAGACCAUCAAAAGUCAUCAAAAACAAUGGUUAUGCAAUGAAGUACUAACUCCUGUGUGUAUCAUGUGACUAAAACAGACAGACAAGAAAACAUGGAAUGCCUAAAAGC